AUGGUGGACCGACAGUCAACCCUCCACAGUCUGAAUGGACUGUUGGUGAAGCUCGAUGAUCCCGAUCCUGAUAUCCGGUACAUGUCCCUCAAUGAUCUCCUGGGCAUCCUCAGCAGUCCCAACUCUGCCUUUCUCUCCCACGAUACCACCACCUCCGCCAGACUGGCAGACGGCCUGCUCAAGACUCUGGACGAUCAGCAUGGCGAGGUGCAGAACCAGGCCUUGAAAUGUCUCGGUCCGCUCGUGGUGCGAUUGCCGGUAGAGAGCUUGGCCCCCCUCAUCGAACGGCUCUCCAACUUGACCACUUCGCAAUCCAUCGAUACCUCUGUGCCAAACACGGCGUUGCGCGUCAUUGUCACCUCGCUUCCAUGUCCUCAACCAGGAAUUCCCCCGACCCCGGAGGUGUCCUCGGCAUAUGCGGCCAUCUCGCGAGUCCUCAUUCCGCGUCUAACAGGCCAGACUACAUCCCGGAGAGGAUCUGAAGUCAAGGGCAUGUUGGAGAAGGACCCGUCCAAAGGUUUCAGCAGCGACGCCAUCGAUGUCGUGAUUGAAGUGGUCAAUUGCUUUGGCCCGCUACUGAAUGAGGCCGAGGUGGCUGCCCUGCAACAGUCGGUCAUGUCGAUAAUCGAGAACGACACGGCCGGCACAGUCGUCACAAAACGGGCCCUGGCAGCUAUUUCCGCUCUUGUAGUCCAUUUUUCGGACGCCCAGCUCGGCGCGUUUGUGUCGGGGCUCGUCGAGAGUUUUCAGUCCCCGAAUCUGACUGUCAAUAAACGCCGUCAUCUCAUCGCUACGGUGGGCAGCCUGGCCAGGUCGGCUCCCGCUAAAUCUGGCACCUAUCUCAAGACGCUGAUCCCGUUUGUGCUCUCAGCCGUCAGUGAGCAGGAACUGGAGGACAUAAACCCAGAGGACUCUGAUGCAGAGCAUGAUCCCCAGGUGGACGAACUCCGGGAGACGGCAUUGGUGACGUUGGAAGGUCUACUGGCCUCCUGCAGCCAUGAGAUGCAGCCAUAUUUGGCGGACUCGAUCCAUGCAGCGCUGCGCUAUCUUAAGUAUGACCCCAAUGUGGCGAUUGAAGAGGACGAGGAAAUGGGAGGGACCCAGGAAGAAGGUAGCGAAGACGGGGCCACUGAGGAGCCCGACGAGGGGGAUGACGAAUUCGGUGACUUCGAGGAAGAAGGAGGCUACAGCGACAUUGAUGAUAUCAGCUGGAAAGUGCGACGCUGCGCUGCCAAAAUGCUGCACACCGUCGUGUCCACCUAUGCCGGUGGUCGUCUGUUGGAAGACGGCAUGCUGUAUCAGCAAGUGGCACCGGCGUUGAUCUCGCGCUUCGGAAAGGAGAGAGAAGAGAGUGUGAAGCUCGAGGUGAUCGUGACCCUCACAGCCCUGGUCCGGAAGACCAGUGAGGGCACCACAGUCGUCCCGUCCAACGGCUUCACUGAGUCCGUGGGAGGGACCAAGAACUCUCGGAAGAGGAGGCGUCAAGACAGCUUCGCCAGCACCCUCGACUUUGAACCUAGCAUGGGAACCUCAUCGGCCAUCAGUUCGCCAGUCGUUACCCCCGCUUCUCCCGAAUCCGGGCCCCAAGCUGAGCUGACACGCCUGAUCCCGGCCAUUAUACAAAGCUUGGUCAAGAUGUGGAAGCGCGCUUCUGUGCCGCUAAAGCAAGCCGCGGUGGUGUUGCUGAAGAGCCUCGCCUUGGCCCGCUAUGGCGGUCUGUCAGACUUCCUACAGCAGAUUGAGGACCCGAUUGCCGACGCGCUGAAGACCUCAUCUCUCGGAGGCACAGUCACAGCAGGAACCGCCGGAAACUUGCAGAUCGAGACGCUCAGUCUGAUCGGCGCAAUUGCUGAGACUCACACGUCGAAUGCGCUUUUGCCAUUCCUCAUUGCCUUGAUCCCCGGGGUUGUCGCCUCGGUCAACGAUCGGAACUACAAGGUCGCCAGUGAGGCCUUGGGGGCCAUUGAGCACAUUGUCAAGGCUCUCACGCCACCUCGCGUCUCCGCAAAUGAGCCAGAUAAUUUAGGACUCCAAUUGGAGAAGCUCUACGAUGUGAUUGUGAACCGCAUCACCGAUACAAGUGCCGAUCUGGAAGUGCGCCAACGCGCCAUCCACGUUUUAGGUGUGCUGUUGGCGCGUACAUCUUGCGAUGCCGGGACCAAAUUCGUCUCGCCUGAUCGACGGUCGAAGGGUCUUAAUAUCCUGGUAGACCGACUCAAGAAUGAGACCACCCGACUUGCCACUGCCCGCGCAAUUGACGACAUCGCCGUCCUUGCCAGCAGUGAACGCGAUGUCACUCCGGCGUGGAUCAGUGAGGUUACGUCCGAGUUGGGAGCUCAGCUUAGGAAGUCCGAUCGUACCCUGCGUAGCUCCUGCUUAGAGGCACUCCGAAGCCUGGCCAUGAACCCUAACACCAGAGCCCACUACGACGAGAAGACGAUGCAGGACCUGGAGAAUUCCUUGCUUCCACUUAUCACCCCUGAAGAUUUCCAUCUUUUAGCCCCCGCAUUGAUCAUUCUGGCCAAGGUGAUCCCCGGUCACGCGCAGCGACUGGUCAAUGACGCACUGAUCUCGGCGCUCUGCACGAUUGUAGUUGCCCCCUUGGUGGGAACGGCGCUUAAGGCCCUUUUGCUGCUCGUCAAGGUUAUUGGAGAACAAGGCGCCGGAGCGGACCUGAUGAGACGUCUUCUGCGAGACGUGGGAAUCAACGGCGAC